GUUUCAAUUGAGUACUGGAUUUUGAGGGGGAGAGGUUUGGUGAUGUCCUAGGUUUAGCAAGGAGUUCUGUCCAUAUAACUAAAUUAACAAGGAGUUCAUCCAUAACAAUGGGUCGAAUACCCGCAUCACUUUUUUUUACAAUACUAUUUUCAUCGACACUUCAGGUCACCCUUUGUGAAAAUGUUUUUCUUGACAGGAAUGACGCCUCCCAGGUUUUUAUCCGCAAUAAACGGGCAAAUUCCUUCCUUGAGGAGAUGAAACCUGGGAACUUGGAACGGGAGUGCAUGGAGGAGAUUUGUGACUUUGAGGAAGCCCGUGAAGUUUUUGAACAGGCUGACAAGACGACACAAUUUUGGGGGGACUAUUUAACUUGCAAAGGCACAACACUGAAGAGAACCAAGGACACUGUAAAAACUUUGAGGGGGUGUGUGGAUAAGCAAGGACAGUGCUCAUUGGAAAGUGGUUUGAACUACAAUGGAACCAUCUCUACCACUAUCUCUGGAAAAACCUGCCAGUACUGGAACAGUAAAUUCCCACACAAAAUUACGGAGUUCAAUACUUCGCUGGAUAAGACCCUGAUUGAGAACUUUUGUAGGAACCCAGACAAGAGUCCAACAGGACCGUGGUGCUUCACCAGGGAUCCCACAGUCAGGAGAGAGAAAUGCAGCGUUCCACAAUGUGGGGAGACCUUGGUACCCCCUAAAGUACCUACUGUAGUGGAUGGGAGACCCAUAAAUACAAAGGACUGCCUGACCAAUAAUGGCUUAGAUUAUACUGGUGAUCUCUCUGUCACAAUUAAGGGCGAAAAGUGUCUGCCUUGGUCAUCUCCAAAGGCAUUGGCACUCAGCAAAAAAAAAGAUUUUAUCCCUGAGGUCCAACUGGUUGGAAAUCACUGCAGAAACCCUGACGGAGAUAUGGAGGGUCCCUGGUGCUACAUUGACCGGCUUGGAAAUGUCACUAUCAACUACUGUGACCUUAAGCUGUGUGAUGACCCUUUAAAUCAAUAUGUGGAUGAUACGGGAGGAAGGGAAAGGUCAGUACUCUCUGGGCCACAAAAAACCUUCUUCAGCCCUCGGAGCUUUGGCAACGGAGAGACGGAAUGCGGAGUGCGGCCCUUGUUUGAGAAGAUAAAUAAGAAGGACAAUAAAGAGGAAGAACUGCUUGAAUCCUACCAAGGACAACGUAUUGUAAAAGGGAUUGAUGCUGAAGUGGCCAGUGCACCAUGGCAGGUGAUGCUGUACAAGAAAUCCCCUCAGGAGCUGCUAUGUGGGGCCAGUCUGAUUAGUGACGAGUGGAUACUUACUGCAGCUCACUGCAUCCUUUACCCACCGUGGAACAAAAACUUUACUAUCGAGGACAUCCUGGUCCGCCUUGGCAAACAUAACAGAGCUAAGUUUGAAAGGGGUACAGAGAAGAUUGUGGCCAUUGAUGAGAUUAUUGUCCACCCAAAAUACAACUGGAAGGAGAACCUGGACCGGGACAUCGCCCUGCUUCACAUGAGACGUCCUGUUGUGUUUACUGACCAGAUUCACCCUGUCUGUUUGCCCACCAAGAAGGUUGCUAAGACACUGAUGUUUGCAGGCUACAAAGGCCGUGUGUCAGGCUGGGGAAACCUUUAUGAGACAUGGAGCUCCUCCCCUAAGUCUCUACCCACAGUUCUCCAGCAGAUCCAUCUACCAAUAGUUGAACAGGAAACCUGCAGAGCAUCUACCACUAUUCGUGUCACAGACAACAUGUUCUGUGCUGGCUUCAAACCAGAGGAGCAGAAAAGUGGUGAUGCUUGUGAAGGGGACAGCGGGGGCCCGUUCGUCAUGAAGAACCCUGAUGACAACCGUUGGUACCAGAUCGGCAUUGUGUCCUGGGGAGAAGGAUGUGACAGGGAUGGGAAAUAUGGUUUCUACACCCAUCUUUUCCGUAUGAGAAGAUGGAUGCAGAAGGUUAUUGAAAAAACAGGUGGUGAAGAUGAGUGAUUUUGAAGGGUUCUACUUUCCUUUACAUGCGAGAAAGCUGAUGAAAUAUUGUUGAAAUAAACAUGUUCCUCGUCUUGA